AUGGCCGACUCGGACAACGACUCCGGCGGCCACAACGGCCACUCGCAGGGCGGUGAGCUCUCGGCGCGUGAGCAGGACCGGUUCCUCCCGAUCGCGAACGUCAGCCGCAUCAUGAAGAAGGCAUUGCCGGCGAACGCCAAGAUCUCCAAGGACGCCAAAGAGACCGUGCAGGAGUGCGUCUCCGAGUUCAUCAGCUUCGUCACCGGCGAGGCCUCCGACAAGUGCCAGCGCGAGAAGCGCAAGACCAUCAACGGCGACGAUCUCCUCUGGGCCAUGACCACCUUGGGAUUCGAGGAGUACGUCGAGCCCCUCAAGAUCUAUCUCCAGAAGUACCGCGAGAUGGAGGGCGAGAAAGGCGCCGCCGUCGGAACCGCCGGUCGCGACAAGGACGGCGGCUCCGGCGGCGGAGGAUCGGCUGCAGGCGGCGGCGGCGGCGGGGGAGGAGGAAGUAGCGGAGGCGGAUUGAGCUCCGGGACCAGCGGAGGAGGCGGCGCGUUUAAUGGUGUUUAUGGCGGGAUGGGAAUGCUAGGUCAUCAUCAGGGACACGUGUACGGCUCGGGCGGGUAUCAACAUCAAAUGGGAGUUGGAGUUGGAGCGGAGAAGCGCAGUGGUUCCGGCGGCGGAGCUUCGGUGAGGUCAAGGUAG